GGGAGUUAACCGGGCGAUUCAGACCACAAUAGGCAACCCUAGAGAGUACGCUUCUGGCGAAAGAAAAGAAUCUGGGGACUUGGGGUUCAAUACUUCAAUUGAUAUGAUUUUGACAGUUCGCUAUUUCUUUCAUCUUCCCUUUGCUUUUGCCAUUUUAAGUCGAAAGUAAAACCCAAAUGUUUAUGCGGUUAAUCUACAGAGCCCCACUACAGAGUCUCUCCACUUCCCCGUUUUCUUAGCCACCACGCAUCAAAUAAGGGUUUCAGGUUUGACCUUACUUCCUCAUACACACACUCACAGGCUUUUUCUUGUAGGAUCUUUAUUUCCUUUAUCUUCUUCAACUCGCCUUUGGAUACAAUUUGCUCUGGAAAUUCCCAGAUUUUGUAGGUCUUGGAAUAUUUGAAGCCACAUAACUGAGCCAUGAGUCAAAGAGGAUUAAUAUAUAGUUUUGUUGCAAAGGGGAACAUAGUACUAGCGGAGCACACAUCGUUCUCUGGGAACUUCAGCACCAUUGCAAUUCAGUGCUUGCAGAAACUGCCUUCAAAUAGCAGUAAAUACACCUACUCAUGUGAUGGUUACACAUUCAACUUCCUCAUUGAUAGUGGAUUUGUCUUCCUUCUUGUUGCUGAUGAAGCAGUUGGGAGGAGCAUGCCCUUCGUGUUACUUGAGCGAGUGAAGGAUGAUUUUAAACAGCAUUAUGGUGCAAGCAUUGACAGUGAUAGCACACACCCACUUGCUGAUGAUGACGAUGACGAUUUAUUUGAAGACAGAUUUAAUAUUGCUUACAGUCUCGACAGAGAAUUUGGGCCCCGGCUUAAGGAACAUAUGCAAUAUUGCAUGAGCCAUCCAGAAGAGAUAAGCAAGCUGUCCAAGCUGAAGGCUCAAAUAACAGAGGUCAAAGGGGUAAUGAUGGACAACAUCGAAAAGGUAUUGGAUCGUGGUGAAAAGAUCGAACUUCUGGUGGAUAAAACAGAAAACCUUCAGUUCCAGGCAGAUAGCUUUCAGAGGCAAGGUAGACAACUCCGGCGGAGGAUGUGGCUGCAAAAUCUCAGACUCAAGCUGAUGGUUGGAGGAGCAAUUCUUGCACUCAUCAUAUUACUAUGGCUAAUGGUUUGCAGAGGUUUCAAAUGUUAAGUGGCAUUAGAAAGAGAUGGUUGCUACUGCUUUUUUGUAUAUAUAUAGGAAAAGUAAUUCUUGUAAAUGGAGAUUGGCACUGAUAUGUAGGAUCCUAUACUAUCUGGCUAUCUGCCCUGUUUUUUGCACCCUGUUUCUGAAAGGCUACUUGGAUUCUGGUGGUAUCUGAGGUUCUCAGUAAUAUAAUUUGUUACCGUGUAAAUGCAGUUGAUUAAA